CGAAAACUUUGAAAAGAUGGCAAUGACUCUGGCAUAUUGGGAUAUUCUAGGGCUCGCGCAGCCCAUCCGUCUGCUGCUGGAGUAGGCCUACACCGAGACCGAAUAUGAAGAGAAAGUCUACGCGUGCGGUGAAGCUCCCAAUUAUGACAAGAGUUGCUGGUUCGAUGAGAAAUUCAAACUUGGGAUGGAUUUCCCCAAUUUGCCUUAUCUUGUGGAUGGAGACAGGAAGAUUGUCCAAAGCAAUGCCAUCAUGAUGAGGUACAUCGCCAGGAAGCACAACCUCUGUGGGGAAAGCGAGGAUGAGAAGGUGCGUGUGGACCUCAUCGAGAACCAGUUCAUGGACUUCCGCAAUGGCUUUGUCAUGCUGUGCUACACAGACUUCGAGAAGAUGAAGCCUGGCUACCUGAAGAAGCUUCCUGGCACCCUGAAGCAGUUCUCCGAGUUCCUGGGAGAGCGGAGGUGGUUCGUAGGGGACAAGAUCACCUUUGUGGACUUCAUCGUGUAUGAGCUCCUGGACCAACACCGCAUGUUUGAGGACAAAUGUCUGGACGACUUCAAGAGCCUGAAGGCCUUCCUUGACCAUUUUGAGGCUCUUGACAAGAUCUCAGCGUACAUGAAGUCCAACCGGUUCAUGAAGACUCCUGUAAACAACAAGAUGGCCAAGUGGGGAGGCAAGAAGGAGUGAACCCGUCCCGCACCUCCAAACCCCAU